AUGCCGCCGAAAGUCUCCUUCGUCGAGCCCGAGUGCACCUGCCCCAGCGACCCCACCUGCACACCCACACCCACACCCACACCCAGCUGCCACCGCCACCACCCGCCCAGCCUCGACGAGAUCCUGCCCAACCUCUUCCUCGGAAACCUCACAGCAGCCGAGUCCCCAUCGCACCUCGCCAAGCACGCCAUCACCCACGUCCUCUCCGUCACCUCGGCGCGCCCCAGGGUGCCGCAGGGCUACAUCCACAAGUACCACAACCUCCACGACGACCAUAGCGCGGACCUCCUGGCGGUGCUGCCGGAUUGCGUGAACAGGCUUGAAUACCUGCUUGCGGACGAGAAGAAGGAGGAGGAGCAGAAGCGCGUGCUGGUCCACUGCUGCAUGGGGCGGUCGCGCAGCGGCGCGGUGGUGGUCGCGUAUGUGAUGAAGGCGCGGCGGUGCGGCGUCGACGAGGCGCUCGCGUACGUUGUGGGCAGGCGGGGCGGGGUGCGGCCGAACAGCAGCUUUGUAAGGCAGCUGCGGGCGUGGGAGGGGCUUGCGUGCUCGCCGUGGGUGCGGGAGGAGCGGGCGGCGGUGGUGCGGCCGAGGGUGGUGGGGAGGGCGGGGAGCCGGCGGCGGAGGAGCGUGUUUGAGGAGGAGUGGGUGGUGGUGGGGGAGGUGGGGGAGGAGUGUGUUGGUGUGAAUGGGGGGUGGGGGUGGGGGGUGGGCGGGCUUAUUCCGGGGGUGUUGAUGGCGUAG